AUGGCGCGCCAGUCGGGCCCCGGCGGGGGCGGCGGCCAGGCGGCGGAGGGCGCCGUCGCGUGGCACGAGAGCCUGCUGCUGGCCGGCGCCGGGCUCGUGGCGGCCGUCGGCGUCGCCGCCAACGCCGCGCUGCUCGUCGCGCUCUGCACAGGUGGCGGAGCCCGGCUGCGAAACCUGCUGCACGUGCACGCCUGCGUGGCAGACCUGCUGGUGUGUGGCGUGGCGGCGCCGCUUGCAGCCUGGGAGUCCCGGUGGUGGCUGCACGACCCUUCAGCCGCCGCUGCUGCUGACCUACCCCCACCCCUGGUGCGGCGAGCCGUUGCCUUCGCUCAGGGCGUGCCGGUGGCGGCGAGCACGCUCCUGCUGGCGCUGCUGGCGGCGGACCGGCUGGCGGCGGUGCGCCGGCCGCGGCUGUACGCGGCGUGGCGGCGGCUGGGGGCGCGCGUGGCGGCCGCCGCCUGGCUGGGGGCGGCGCUGUCGGCGGCGCCGCUGCUGGCGGUGGGCGCGCCGCCCGCUCCCGCGCCGGCCUGGCUGUCGCUGGCGCGCCUGCUGGCGGUGCACGCGCUGCCCUGCGCCGCCGUCGCCGCCUGCCACGCCGCCGUCUGCGCCACUCUGGGCCGCGCCUCGCUCCUGGCCGCCGCCGCCCGCGGGGAGGUGCCGCUGCCCAUGCCGCUGCUCUGCAGGCCCCGCCACGUCAUCAUCGUCGCCUCCGUCGCCAACGACGCGCCCUCCAAGGUGAUCCCAUUCGUGCGCGGCGACACGAUGAUGCGGCGGGUGGCGGGUGGCGACUCCGACUCGGAGGACGACUCCCGCAUCCAGGCGGACCUGGCGGACCUGCGGAGGAGCAGCCGGCGCCGGGGGCCGCAGUCCCUGCGCAGCCGGAGGCGCCUGGCGCGCAUGCUGGUGGCGGCGGGGGCGGCGCGUCGGCUGCUGCUGCUGGGCCACGCGCACUCGGCGGCGGCGCCGCUGCUCUACUGGGCGCUCAACCGGCGCGCGCUCGCCUGCGGCCACUGGGCGCCCCGGCUGCGCGCCGGCAGAACACAGCAGCCGCCGCCGCCCUCCUCCACCAACGAGGCCGCGCUCGGGCCCUUCCACCCGCGCUUCAUCACGCCCAGGCCACAGCCGCGCUGCGAGACCUCUCACUUCCUGCGAUAG